AUGACCCUUUUCUACCUAGCGGCAUAUCCUCAAUAUAUGGAUCACCUCCGAGAUGAGGUCGAUAGGGUGGUUCGAGAACACGGCUGGACUAAAGCCGCACUAGACGAGAUGCACAAGGUUGACAGCUUCCUCAGAGAGGUGAUGAGAGCCUCGGGGAUGACCACUGGCACCAUGUCCAGAAAGGCGGUAAAGGAUUACACCUUCUCGGACGGCACCUUCGUUCCUGCGGGCACUUAUCUCAUGGCACCUACUAGUGCAAUUUACACAGAUGAUACAGUGUAUCCGAACGCAGUCGAAUUCAAUCCAUGGCGCUUCUCCGACAUGCGGAACCAGGGCGAGCACGUAAAGUUGGUGAAUACCAAUCUAAAUUUUCUUAGCUUCGGUCACGGAUAUCAUGCAUGCCCUGGCCGGUUCUUCGCAGUGUCCGAAAUGAAGAUCAUACUGGCGCACAUUGUGGCAACCUAUGAUGUGAAGAUGGAGCAGGAAGGUGUUAUACCCACCCCUAUCAUGAUAGGCCACGUCUGUGUGCCGAGCAGGAAAGCUGAGAUACUGGUUCGCAAGAAAUUGCCAUCUCAGAUGGCAUGA